CAUUCCGGCCGACCGAGUCUCCUUUUUGAGGUGUUGCCGACCGGAAACAAGCCUAUUUUUUGUUUUGGCCUAAUUAUUGGCAUUGAAGCUAGAUUGAGGCUGAGCAUUGAAGUAAUUAGUUACCUGGCUACUUAUUACUGUAGCUGAGUGUGAACACUGUCACGCUAGUAAUUACUUAGUUAUAGACCACCUAUUGGUUUGGCUGUACUACUAGUAAACGUUUAGAUUGCGACCUGAAAACCCAAAUUUGACCAUCGAAAAUCAGCAGCAGGCUGUGCUACACUGAGUAGAACGGUCCUGUUUGCUGGGUGAGGCGUCGUAGCCAGUGGCCCUGGGGAAUGGCCGUUGCUACAAAAUUGUGGAGAUUAGGGCUCCAGCAGGCGCAGACCUCCGGGCUGAGUAGCAACAGCGCUCCUCUGACUCCUCUGAUUGUUCUUGCGCACGGUGUGAAGUUUUGCAAGGAGAUAUGGCAGCCGGUGGUGAAGGAGGUGGAGAGGCGGCUACCAGAGGCAGCGGCGGUCGACUUUGUGGCGUUUGACUUGCCCGGCCACGGAGACAGUGCUCUGCCGCAGUCCGUGCCAGUGGCUGACUGGGUGGGAAUGACAGUGGAGGCAGCACACAUUGUGCUGGCACAGUAUGCCAAUGGGCAUGCACCAGUCAUGGCCCUGGCACAUUCGUUCGGUGCAGCAGCGCUCAUGAGACUUGAGGCACAGCAGCCCGGUACGUUCAGCCGCAUACUGGCCUUUGAACCUAUCUUCAUUCCUCAUGCAGUUGAUCCAGCAGCGGUUGAUCUGCAUGAGUUUCCGUUGGCUGUCAAAGCUCGUCAGCAGAAAAACGGCUGGCCAGAUAUUGAAUCCGCCCGGCGGUAUUUUCAGUCGCGGAGGGCAUUCUCCACUUGGAGUCCGGAUGUUCUUGAGCGGUAUUUGACAUCCGGUCUUAAGCAAGAUCCGGAUUCGGGUGAGUGGCUGCUGAAAUGCAAUCCUCUCGUCGAAGCUGAUGUAUUUGCUUUUCCACCGUCUAACUUCAGCGACCUCAGACUUUCAGAACAGACUUGCAAGUAUGCAAUUGCCUAUGGUGAGCUGUCUAGGAACUUGGAUUUGAUGGCCGAAAGGGGAGGUAGCUGUACUGCAGAGUUGUAUGUACAACUUGCAUCGCUUUUGCCCGGUCUAAAGCAUCCGAUUGUCUGUCCGGGAACUGGACACUUGAUGGUGUGCGAGCAGCCAGACUUAGUUGCAAAACAUUGCCUCCACUACUUGCUUGGUUCUGGGUUAUAUCAUGAUGGCCCCCAACCCAUUACAUCCAGACUGUGAGGAACUUAGAACUGCCCUUCACCACUGCCCCUUACCCUGACUAACUUGGGCUGAUUAGUGAAGCCUUUUGUCCAGCACAUUGCUGUGGCUUAUAGUCUACAGUCGUGAUGGUGCCAACUUGUUCCAAGAGGAUGUGUUUUUCACACGGGUGAAAAUAGUCACAAAAUACCUGGAUUGUGGGAAUUGUUCCUUGGACUCUUCGCCACACAUUAUCCCGCACCCACUUGUUCUGAAAUCCAGCCCAAGUACACCUUCCGAGUUCGAGAGGAUCACCCUACAGUCUGUGCGCGCUUCUAAAUACUGUGUUGAAUUUUCAGUGAUUCCGGCUUCUAUCCUGACAGCACAAUUUGAGAACUAGCCAAAUGUCAUUGUGAAGGAGAUGCACAAUUGGGUUUCCAUGAUCAUGGCAUACAACUACUAAUAUUAGUAACGAAAUAGUGGUUGCGACUUAGUAACAGCUUUUAAACCAGACAAAUGGUGCUCUGUGACUCGUGUCACGAGUCGUGUGAUUUACUUCUUUUGAAGAGGCUCUGCUCUUGUGAACGUCGAGCACUCUAUGGAACCGGAGGACUACGCUCUUUGUAGAUUAUUAGUUGAAUAUAU